AUGGAUUUGAACGCACCGCCGUUGCCCGAUGAUGAUGAGCAUCAGCCUUAUGAUGAACAGGUUGAGGUUGAGUAUGCUCAGGUGGAACCUGUUGAGUCUGCUGUCGCAAUAAUGCGCCGGGAGCGUGAAGAGAGACGCAAGAGACUAAAGAGAGAGCAGCAGGAUGAUGGUUCAAGGCUACAUUCCCAGCAGAUCAGGAAUGAUUAUGUUCCUCAACCCAAAAGACAUAGUCGCAUUAAAGAGGCACCUCAGGGCUGGUUGGACUGUCCUGCAUUUGGGGAGCCAAUAGAUAAAAUCAUACCAUCCAAAGUUCCUCUUGAUGAAACAUUCAAUGAGUCGGUUCCUCCUGGGAAGCGAUACUCCUCGAAGCAACUAGUUAACAAACAAAGAAAAGCUGGCCGCGAAACAUGUCUGGUGAUUGAUUUGACAAAUACCACCUGGUAUUAUUCACCAGCAGAAUGGACGAGUCAAGGUGCUAAGCAUGUCAAGAUUCCAUGCAAGGGGAGAGAUGCUGUACCUGACAAUGAAUCUGUUAAUGUGUUUGUCUAUGAGGCAAUGAUGUUCCUUGACCGACAAAAGCAAAAGAAUCCUAAAUAUAUGCUGAUUCAUUGUACCCAUGGUCAUAAUCGUACAGGUUUCAUGAUUAUUCAUUACCUUAUGCUUACACACAUCUCUUGUGUUGCUGAGGCAAUAAAUAUAUUUGCUCAAAGGCGGCCACCUGGCAUAUACAAGAGGGACUACAUUGAAGCUCUGUAUUCAUUUUACCAUGAGGUCCCUGAGAAUAUGGUGAUAGCAUGCCCUCCAACACCAGAAUGGAAGAGACCAGAUGAUCUUGAUUUAAAUGGCGAAGAUAAGCAGGAUGAUGAUGAUGACAAUGCUUAUCUUAAACCAUCUCAUAAUGAAUCAGAGGAUAAAAUCAUCACCAAUGACGAUGUGUUAGGGGACGCCGUGCCAUAUGACCAGCAAAAAGCUUUGCGUGACUUAUGUUAUCUGUUGCUUGAAAUGCCCAUUGGAAGAGGUCCACAAUUUCCUGGAUCACAUCCAGUUUCUCUUAACAGUGAUAAUCUGCAACUACUUAGACAGAGAUACUACUUUGCUACAUGGAAAGCUGACGGAACACGAUAUAUGAUGCUUAUUAUGAGAUAUGGCUGUUUCUUAAUUGAUCGGAAUUUUUGUUUUAGAAGGGUCCAAAUGCGCUUUCCCCAUAGGAGCCUCGAAGGCCUGCAUGACAGGACCUUGAUUGAUGAUGGAGAGAUGAUUAUAGACAUGGUACCAGAUUCAGGCUUGAAGAGAAGUAGAUGGGCCUACAAAGUUCAUGUUGCCACACGAUUCAUAAACUGUAUCGAGGGUGUAACUUCCGUUUCUGUUAGGAGAAAGGAUUUUUGGUUGCUCUCCACAGUGAAAAAGGUGCUUAAGGUGUUUAUUCCAUCGCUCUGCCAUGACGCUGAUGGCCUUAUAUUUCAGGGCUGGGAUGAUCCAUAUGUAACUCAUACUCAUGAAGGUCUUCUAAAAUGGAAGUACCCUGAGAUGAAUUUUGUGGACUUUCUGUUUGAGGUGAUGAGGAGUAUCACAGAUAACAUUACCGAGGAAAAGCUUCUCGAAGAGAUUGAUGAGAUAACACGCCUUCCAAUGUAUGCUCAUAAAAAGAUGGCUCAACAACGGCGGAGGUGA